GAACAGACGUCCAAGCUGGACAUCCGGAGUUGUGUAAGGCAACGUAACGAUCGAUUCAAACCGUUGAGGAAUGUCACCGCUAGAGGCGCUGGUGCAGCUCGAUAGUGUCAUUUGCUAGCACUGACGUUUCAAUUCAUAAUUUCGAUUCUGUUGCUGUUUGUAAACAAUCGAGCCGACGAUGGGUCGCAAGUGUGAAAUUUAUUUGUGCAGGAAUCACCAGGGGAAUUUAAUUGGUAAAUCAUUCCAAAGCUUUCCAAAAACUGAGGAUUUGUAAGUAUGUUUGUUACGAAUGUUUGUACAAUAAUAUGUAUUGAGUAAUUUGUAAAAUAAAGAUGCCGUUUGUGGGUGGCUAGCUGUGACUCAGCAGAGGCAAAAACGCUGUUCGAAAAAAUUGGUGCGAGAGCGUUUUCAAACAAAAAAAUUUGUUCCGAUCACUUCCCACCGGAGAGAUAUCGUAAUGUUCACGCGAAAGACCGAGGUUUGUUGCCUGAUGCCGUGCCAAAUUCAUUCGCCGUCGGCGAUUGUUCCAAUUCUGAUGGAGCUGAUCCAAUUGUGGAAGAAUUUCUCGAAAACGACGCGGACUAUAUCGCAUGGCUCAAUGCUUCGAAUGCAGAAUCAUCUCACAGAACAGUGGAAUCUUCGGUAUUGCCCUUUGUGGAGGAAGAAUUCAGCCCUCAGCCGGAAUCGCUUACAAAGCUGCCGGAGUUUUCGUGUGAAACAACAUACCAUACCCCAACAUGUGACGAUUCUUGCUCAUCCCACGAAUCGAAAGCUAAGCUCGGUAUCUCAGUAUCUGAAGCAUUUGAACUUCCAGCGAUGGUCAUGUUUAGCCCGGAGUCGACCACAAGUUUACCGGAGCUUCCAGAAAAAACUACUGGCCCUAACGCAUCACUUUACGAUUCCCAAUCAACCGACGGAUCAAAAGCUGAAUUCUGGGUCUCAUCAUUUGGAGCAUUGGAACCCCCAGCAGUGACCGUAUCCAGCCCAGAGUCGUAUAUGAAGCCACCUGAGUUAAGAGGAACAGCUGGCCAUAGCUCAUCAUGCAACUAUUCACAAUCACCCGACAUCAGGAACAUAGCCUCUGAAGCAUUAUUGAAGGUGGAACGUGAAAAGAACAAGAUUCUCAAAGAAAACAACAGUGCCCUACGACGCCAGCUGUUUGUUUCAAAUCAAAAAAGCAAGCGGCGGUUGGAGUCUAAUAAAAAAAUGAAAUGUAAAUUAUCAAAAACGAUCAUCGAACUGAAGAAACAACGGAAGGAAAAAACUUCAAAUGAAUCACUUGGAAAACAGGCCAGGGAAAAUCCAGUGAUUUACGACACGCUGAAGAACAUAACGAAAAAACCGAAGGCACGUAGGUACCACCAGGAAACGAUCAAGUUUGCGUCUAGUGUCUAUUUAAGUGGCCCGAAAACCUACAGAUUCAUUAGAGACACGAAAAAGAUAGUGCUUCCACAUAAAAAUUCAGUGUAUAGGUACAAUAAGCACAUCCGCAUCCAGCCAGGUCUGAACGAAACCCUGCUGCGUGCAGUGAAGAAGAAAGUAAAGAAAAUACGAUCUAAAAAGGAGAAAGUGGUGGCGAUUUCGAUAGACGGAAUGUCUGUAAAACCAGAACUUACAUGCAGCGCUAAAGCUGACAUGUUCUAUGGUUUCACGGAUUUUGGAAAAGACAGGAAAUUCGAAAAAAACAAAACAACUGAACUCGCCACUGAGGCCGUGUGUGUCAUGGUUUCAGGAAUCUACCGCAAUUUUAAACAAGUAAUUAUGAAUUAACUUCUGUAAAAUAUGUCUGUCACAUCUUAUAUGUCGUAUUGUGAUCAUUUGGAUUUUUAUUGGUGCUGGUUGUGAAUAAUUGAGGGGUUAGAAGCAAAAGGGUGUAAGUGACAAAAACCUACUUCCGAGUAAAUGUGGUUUAAAGUUUUUCAUCAAGUAUUCAAUACAAUCCAAUACAAAAUAUAUGGAGUUUCAAAACGGACCCAAAAGCUUGAAAUCUGAAGAUUCGUUUGAUAUGCUCAGCUCCAAAUCGACAAAAUGGUCACUUACAUCCCUUUGCAUCUAGGCUCCUCAAUUAGGUUUGCUAGAUUGCAUCAAAUUGGGAUCAUACGUCAUAAUUUUCCAUAAAAUAAUGCUUAAGAAAAUGUUUUCGCUGUAUUCCAUUCCUUAUGCGAAAUUUUGCUCAUUCUAUUCUUUGUAGUAAUGGUUUAUGAACGAAAAAAUUGCACAUGUUAGUAUUGUAUAAUGACAAUGAUUUUGAUUACAAAGAAAAUUUGGUCGAUUCAUUACUAAUCGAUCAACUUUUCAGCGUAAAGCAACAUUUGAUUCAUUAGAUUAAUCGUGAAAUUAA